GAUCCAGGUUUCCUGUAAAUGUAGUUUUGGUUCACAAUCUGCCCUGCGCAGAGAGAGAGAUAGAGAGAGGAAGGGAGAGAGAGAGAGCGCUCCUCCUCCUCCUCUUCUGUCUCUUCCCACCACUCAUCCCGAAAAAAGCCAAGGUAAGACGGUCCUCACCGCGGAGUUCUCUGUCAUUUCACCCUUCGCAUAAUGGAAACUGAAUUAAAACAGCUGCUGACAGAAAUAACCAAUAGCUACGACUUGUAACUAAACUGCUCAGGAAAGAAGGUCGUGUUUCUUUUGGAUGGAGAGUUUCGAAUCGAUGGUGAAUGAGCUGAAGUCAAGCUGGUUGUGAAGGUGCUGGACUUGUUCCCCCCUACGCCCCAAGCCGGACACAGCAUGGCGGCGGGAGUAGCGGCAUGGCUUCCCUUUGCCCGGGCGGCAGCAAUCGGCUGGAUGCCCGUGGCCAAUUUGCCCAUGCCCGUGGCGCCCACUGAAAAGAACAAGAGGCAGGAUGAGCUGAUCAUUCUUAAUGUCAGUGGACGUCGAUUCCAGACCUGGAGGAACACGCUGGACCGCUACCCAGACACACUGCUGGGCAGCUCAGAGAAGGAGUUCUUUUACAACGAGGAGACCAAAGAGUACUUCUUUGACCGGGACCCCGACGUGUUCCGCAGCGUGCUGAACUUCUACCGCACAGGCAAGCUCCACUAUCCGCGCUACGAGUGCAUCUCCUCUUACGAUGAGGAACUGGCUUUCUUUGGCAUUGUCCCAGAGAUCAUUGGUGACUGCUGCUAUGAAGAGUACAAGGACAGGAAGAGGGAGAACGCAGAGCGCCUGAUGGACGACCAGGAGGACAACAAGGAUGCUAAGCUGCCCAACAUGACCUUUAGGGAGACCAUGUGGCGGGCUUUCGAGAACCCUCACACUUCCACCAUGGCCCUUGUCUUCUACUAUGUUACUGGCUUCUUCAUUGCCGUCUCUGUCAUCACCAACGUGGUAGAGACGGUGCCCUGUGGCUCAGCGCCCAACCAGAAGGAAGUGCCAUGUGGCGAGCGCUACACUGUGGCCUUUUUCUGCAUGGACACGGCCUGCGUCAUGAUCUUCACCGUGGAGUACCUGAUGCGCUUGUUUGCUGCGCCCAGCCGCUACCGCUUCAUGAGAUCCGUCAUGAGCAUCAUCGAUGUGGUGGCCAUCUUGCCCUACUACAUCGGCCUGGUGAUGACUGACAACGAGGACGUGAGCGGUGCUUUCGUGACCCUCCGUGUUUUCCGUGUGUUCCGUAUCUUUAAGUUCUCCCGUCACUCGCAGGGCCUGCGCAUCCUGGGCUACACGCUGAAGAGCUGUGCCUCGGAGCUGGGCUUCUUGCUGUUCUCCCUCACUAUGGCCAUAAUUAUCUUUGCUACCGUCAUGUUCUACGCAGAGAAGGGUUCAAGCUCCAGCAAAUUCACCAGCAUCCCAGCCUCCUUCUGGUACACCAUCGUUACUAUGACAACGCUCGGGUAUGGAGACAUGGUUCCUAAGACGAUCGCAGGAAAAAUCUUUGGUUCGAUCUGCUCUCUGAGUGGGGUGCUGGUAAUUGCCCUGCCUGUCCCUGUCAUCGUGUCCAACUUUAGCCGCAUCUAUCACCAGAACCAGAGAGCAGACAAGCGGCGGGCACAGAAGGUACAGAAAGCCCGCUUGGCCAGGAUACGAAUAUCCAAGACUGGAAGCUCCAGUGCCUUCCUCCACAGCAAGCGCAAUGGCCUGUUCAACGAAGCUCUAGAGCUCACGCAACUUCCAUACAAGAUGAACCUUUCAGAUCAGAACUCCACUGAGGAUGAGCAACGUUUAAGCAAGUCUACCUCUCUAUUAGAGAGCCAGCACCACCACCUGCUGCACUGCCUGGAGAAAACCACUAACCACGAGUUUGUGGAUGAGCAGUAUUACCAGCAGAGCUACCUGGAGGCGGGGCUGCAGAAUUACCCCUCUCGAAGCCCCUCCCUCUCCAGCCAGGACGGUGUAACGGGGACAUGCUGCACCCGCCGGAGCAAGAAGCAUCACACCCCUUUACCGAACGCCAGUGCCCCAGCACACAUGCAGCCUUUGACGCACACGCACACACACCCACAAGGCUUGCAGGAGCUCAGCACCAUCCACAUCCAGCCCCUCAGCACCAGCCGCUCCAGUCUGAACAUGCGCGUAGAUGAGCCAGCACCUCUGAACUGCCAGAGCAGCCAGAUCACCACAGCAAUCAUCAGCAUUCCCACACCACCUGUGACGACUCCCGAGGGCGACGCUCACCUGCCCGCAGGCCCCACCCACCAAAAUGUCGUGAAGGUGUCCGCACUGUGAAAACUGGAGUGCAGGCGCGGGAAGACAGAUAAAGUCUCAUCAAGACAGACUGAGGGACAGAGGAGGACUGAGAAUGAUGGAGGAGAAGGUGUUCGGAGUCCUAGUCUGGCCCUGGUGGAGCCUGCCCUCUGCUGGUCAUGUACUGUAAAGACAUGGACUCCCUGUACAAACGGAGGAUGGCUUUUAGAUACAGUAACUUCAUGUUAGCGGUCGGCAUACAUGUGUGUGCGUGUGAGUGAAACAGCGGGGAGGAUGUGUGAGGAGCUAUUUUAGAUAAGGAGGCGAGUGAGUGUGUGCCACCCAAGUGUCACAGAUGAGUUCCCAGAGUAAGUCGCGUGUCAUUGUGCACAAUGCACCUUUUUUAUGAUUUAUGCUUCAGUUUGACUCUUUUUUUUUUAAAAGCAGGAGAUAUAAGGGAACAGGCGGAAAGGGAAAGAAAAAAAAAACACAUAAUCAAACCUUUCCCCCCUCCCACCCGCCCCAAUGACUCAAUCUUGUCCUUUUGUUUUGUGUUAUUUUACAUGUUGAUAGAUCAAUAUGCCACCAUUCCUUUUCAGGUCCAAUAUUAUUCCACGUGAGUAAAAAUUCUUUAAAAGACGAAAUGCGGUAGGUGUCUGUGAUGGCGUUACCAAUGAGUUUCGUAUUUGUGAAUGAGUGCAUGUGAAUUUUUUGCUAGAUAGAGGAGUUGUGAUGUGUCAGAUAGGAGGUGUGUGUGUGUGUGUGUGUGUUCGCGAAUGUGUGUGUUUCUCUCAGUUGAUUGAAAACUUGUGUUUCAAUUCUCCUGGAAGUCUCUACGGCUCAGUAUAUGGUAUAUUUGACUAGCUGCCACUCUGAAGGGUUCUUUGCACACAUUUCUGUCCAAAAUUCUCAGCUACAAAGCUUUUACACAAUAUGUGCCUGUUUUGCUGGAGUAAAAAGAGAUUUAUUUGUUUUUAUAGUUUUCUGAAUUUCUCCCUGUUCUUUUCCCUUUUGGCUCUUACAGCCCGACAGACCUCAAAUAACUCAAUUUCUCUUACAAUGAAACCAAAACAACAACAAAAAAAAACCAUUUUGAAUUCAAACCACCACAAUUAAAAGCACAAGACAUUCGCUGAGAAUUUCUGACACAAAUCUGUCCCAAGCCCAGGAUCUUUGUGAAUAUUGUUAAUAGAAUAUUUUGUAAUAUUUGACCAUCGUUUGGCAGAACCAGUGAAGCUGUCCUCUCGUUCUCUUUCUCUUUCCCUCACUCUGUCUCUUCUCUCUCUACAUUUUUCUCUCUCUCGUUGUUGUCCUGUUGUAUCCCCACCUCCUGUGUGAACAACAGUAUGCUUUCAGUAGUCUUUAUAGUUGUCAACGUUUUUUCUUCCCCAAACUCAGCGGGCAUUUUUCAGAAGUUGUUGAGUAUGUGUACUCUAUGUGGUUAGGAAACUUGGUGUUUGUACUUUUUGUCCUCCUUGGUGUUUCAAAGGAUUUUUACUUACUUUAUCUUCUGAAGAAUUUCAAGCAGGGAGGUCUGUUGUAACAGUGACCACAGAGACACGGAGGACGCUGGAUGAACCAUCCACAGAUCUCCGUCACCAAAAACAUGCUGUUCCAUAUGUUCUCUCGACUCCAAGAUCAAUAUAUAUAUAUAUAUAUA